AUGCCGACGCCGACGAUGUUCAGGCCUUUUCCGUUCUUCUUCGUCGUCGUCUUGCUGGUCCGGGCGCCGGCGGGUGCGGCGGCGGACGGCAGCGGGAACGCGACGUCGGAUUCGUGCCCGCUCGACCUGGGCUACGUGCGGACGUUCCCAUGGGACCCUACGCCGUGCGCGGGGGCCGCGCCCAACGUGACCGCCUGCUGCCAGACGUUGCUCUCCCUGUUCGGCAUCGGCCUCGCCGAGCGCCUCCGCGCCACGGGCAACUUCCGCCUCCCGUCCGCGGCGGCCUCCGCGGCCUGCAUCCAGAGCUUCACGGACCUCGUCUCCGCCGCGCCGGCGGGCCUCUCGGGUUCCUCCCUGGUGCCGGAAUGCUUCCCGGACCCGAGCGAGUUCGCCAUCACCCCGUCCUACUGCGCCGGCGUCUCCACCGCGGCGGAGUUCGCGGCCGCCGUCGGGAACGACUCCGUCCAGGCCCUCAACUCCUCCUGCGGCCCCGACCUCGCCUCGUCGGCGACCUGCAGGCUCUGUUACAGCGCCGGCGUCGCCGCCACCGCGCAUCUCACCACCGCGGCGGCCAACGAUAGCAAGUCGGGCUCCUGCUUCUACCUCUCCGUCCUCUACGCCGCUGGCAUCUCCAACUCCGCCGGCCCCACCUACCCACCCACAGCCGCCUGCGCUCUUGGCCUUGGCCUCUCGUUCCCUCCCCCCGCGCCGUCGAAGUCUAGCAACGUGGCCGUCUACGCCGCCACCGUCCCAAUCGCAUUCGUGCUCCUCGCAUCGCUCUUCGGCUUCUUUCUUUGGAGGAGGAAGCGAACGCAUGCCAAUAGCAAGAAGAAGAACCACAAGAUCUGCGAGGAGGGGUCCGGAGAGCGGCGGUCGCACCCGCGGCCCAACACAGGAUCGAUCCUCUUCGACAUUGCCGAGCUCGCCAAGGCCACGGGUGGCUUCGCCGAGCGCAAUCUCAUCGGCCGCGGCGGGUUCGGGGCCGUGUACCGCGGCGUGCUCGCGGACGGGUCCGUGGUCGCCGUCAAGAAGAUGCUCGACCCGGACAUGGAGGGCGGGGACGAGGAGUUCACCAAUGAGGUGGAGAUCAUCAGCCAUCUCAGGCAUCGGAAUCUGGUGCCGCUCCGCGGCUGCUGCAUCGCCGACGAGGACGUCGAGGAAGGGAAGCAGAGGUUCCUCGUCUACGACUUCAUGCCCAACGGCGCGCUCGAGGACUUCAUCUUCCGGGACAGGGAAGCGGCUGCGAAGCGGCCCCCGUUGACUUGGGCCCAGCGGCGGAGCAUCAUCAUGGACGUCGCGAGGGGUCUCGAGUACCUGCAUUACGGCGUCAAGCCGGCGAUUUACCACAGGGACAUCAAGGCGACCAACAUCCUGCUCGACGCCGAGAUGCGCGCGCGCGUGGCGGACUUCGGCCUCGCCCGGAGGAGCCGCGAGGGGCAGUCGCACCUCACGACGCGCGUCGCCGGGACGCACGGUUACCUGGCGCCGGAGUACGCGCUGUAUGGGCAGCUGACGGAGAAGAGCGACGUCUACAGCUUCGGCGUGCUGCUGCUCGAGAUCAUGAGCGGGCGGCGCGUGCUGGACAUGACGGCGCCGGCGGGGCCCGUGUUGAUCACUGACUGGGCGUGGACGCUCGUCAAGGCCGGGCACGCGAGGGAGGUGCUCGACGAGGCGCUGUCCACCGCCGAGAGCCCGCGGAGCGGGGUCAUGGAAAGGUUCGUGCUGGUUGGAAUCCUGUGCGCGCACGUGAUGGUGGCGCUCCGGCCGACCAUCGGCGACGCAGUGAGGAUGCUGGAGGGAGACAUGGACGUGCCAGAGCUGCCGGACCGGCCGCUGCCAUAUGGGCACAACGCCAUGUUCAGCGAAGCUGGGAGCACCUUCAGCAUCUCACCGGCGUUCAGUGGUCCGUUGGCCCCGUUCAUCGACAAUGGGGACAUGCUGAGGUGA